AUGAAUGUACACACUUAUAUUACCGGUGGUAACUCUGGCAUUGGCUUCGAGACAGCAAAAUAUUUAGCAAAGCGAGGCGCCAGGGUAAUAAUUGCAGACAUUAACAACGCCAAAACAACUGUUGCUAAUAUUAUUCAUAUACGAUUGUUUGCUGAUAAAUUUAACAAGAGUGUGGAUCAAUUAGAUAUUCUUGUAAAUAAUGCGGGUUGCUAUACGUUUAAGAAAUUCGCAACAGAAGACGGGUUGGAUUUAAUAAUGCAAGUCAACAACCUCGGACCGUUUCUUAUGACAAAAUUAUUCAUGGAGAAAUUAUUGCGCCAUGUUUAG